AUGCGCUUCACCAACAUCCUCGCCGCUUUCUCCUGCGUCGCCAGUGUCCUCGCCGCCAAAUACAUCCUCGUCUUGAACCCCACCACCGACAUCGAAAGCUUCAGCGCCAAACUCGUGCAGGACAACAUCGUCGUCAUCAGCAAGUUCCCCCUCUUCAACAUCCUCGUCGUCCAGACCUAUACCCACGACAUCGCCGCGUUGGAGAGCUACCCCGAAGUCUCCGAGGCCGAGGUGGACCAAAUCGUCACGAUUGGCCCCGUUGUUCCUCCCGUCCCCUUGCCCUCCCCGCUGCCUGAUUCGGAGGAACCCGAAGUUCCCCCCGUCCCGUUGCCGUCCCCUCUGCCUGAUUCAGAGGAGCCCGAAGUCCCCCCAGUCCCGUUGCCGUCCCCGCUUCCUGAUUCGGAAGAACCCGAAGUCCCCCCGUCCCGCUGCCUUCCCCGCUGCCCGACUCGGAGUAAACGCAGGCUGGCUUGUCUCUGGGCUGUAGAGAGUGGUCAGCCCUGA